AUGCUUCAGAUGAAUCGUAUGUUGCUGAAAGGCUCAUGGAGCCGAUAUGGACUCGCACGUUCGAUUGCUUCUGUUCCCUCCGUCUCGACAUCGAGUCGUGCUCUUCUCCCCGGCUCAAUCUACACCUGCAAUAGCCGAGCCCUCUCCUCUAUUUCUGACUUACGGUCUCAGAAUUUGCCUCCCAGCAGUCAGUCAUUGAAACUUGAGUCAGAAUUUGCCAAGGAAGAGGUCGCAGAAACUCAGUCUCGCGCACCGUCGCAACAUAUUCCCUGGUACUUGCAAGAGGAGACACCCAUCGCCGAAUCCCAAGCAGUAUCCUCUCGUGACCAGAUUCCAGAGCUUCCUGAAGAUCCUCCCGCCAUUCUUCCCGUUCUUCUUGAUUACGUAUUUAAAGACCUUGGCUUGGAUGGCUUGAAACUGUUUGACCUCCGAGGGCUGGAUACACCUCCGGCGCUCGGAGCAAAUGUCAUUAUGAUCAUCGGCACCGCUCGCAGUGUGAAGCAUCUGAAUGUCUGCGCUGAUCGUCUUUGCCGCUGGUUGCGGAGCACCUGGAAGCUCACGCCUUAUGCGGAUGGGUUGUUGGGUCGCAAUGAACUCAAGAUCAAGCUCCGUCGCAAAGCUCGCCGGGCCAGGAUCGCCAGUCGUGCUGGGGCAAUGGUCGACGAAAAGGAUGAUGGAAUUACUACUGGUUGGAUCUGCGUGAACGCCGGAGUAGUCGAGAAGGCCCCUGUCCAAGAAAAGGCGGCUCGAAGCUUCGAAGGGUUCGGCAACCUCGUGGGAGGCACACGAGUUGUAGUACAGAUGUUCACUGAAGAAAAGAGGGCAGAUGUCGACCUUGAGGGUCUUUGGCUUGCUAAUCUUGAGCGAGCCGAGCGCAAAAGACAAAGAGCCAUUGACUCCCUAGAAUCCAAACCAGACGCGCCACCUAAAGAGGUUCGUGUUUCCACACCAGUCAAUACAACAUCCUCUGACCAUGUUUUUCGACAUUAUUCCAGGUCCUCGGUGACCCUUCCAUUGGAGCAAAGGAGGGGUCUACACAGUAGAUGUCGAGCUACCCCCACAUCCGAAGAUGAUCUCGAUAAUGUUCGAUCAAAUAGCGCGGCGGAUUCCCAAUUUCAUGAUAUCGCCAAUGCCGGCGCUUCCCAUACUGGAUCGGUCACGGAUUCAUUAUUGCGACAUCUUUCCGGACUGCCCAACGAUCAAGUGUUGAGUGAAUUAGGAACUGGCUCGGAUGACAAAGAUUCGACUAUCUUCUUGCGCCUGUUCAACGAUGCUCUUUCCGAAUUGUCUCCAGAAGAAGCAGCGAUAGCUCAAAUCAAGUUAUUGUGCACUGCUAUCUCUCGACAGCACCAUGCUUACAGCAAGCAGGGACUUUGGACCUCUUUCAUGAACUGCAGCUACAAUGCCUAUUCACUGUCGGAUGAGUUGGGUAUGGAUGUUGUUGCAGCCAUGUUGACGGAGCAAUCACUCAACGACCAGGGUGGCGAGGCUUUUACGGUUUUGCCUGAAUCUGACAGAGAACUCGCCCUCCGCGUUCUAGAAUAUCUUACACUUCGCGGAACAGACGUGCUGAACAUGAAAGUCUUCCACAUGCUUUACAGAGCGGCAAGUCAUCCCACGCAUUUAUCUACAGAAAAUAAAGAAAAAGUAUCGGAGCGCGUCAAGAAUCAGUCCACAGCGCGAGUCGCGAAAUUUAUCGACAUCCUCAAUAUCUCCUUUGACCCCCAGGAGGCGCGCAAGCUCAUGCUGUCCCUUUUUCGCAAUGAAGACUAUGAUGGAUUUUGGAAAUUGUGGCAGAAGCUCCCUUUAAAUGGAAGUCCGCGCACUGCUGCCGACUACGAGAUGCUCUUCGAACUGCACGCGGAGCUGGGGGAUGAGCGUCGCGCCCGGGAUUGUGUUUCUACGUGGGUUCCGAUGAUGGGCAGAGAGUCUCCUCCAAUACCACUGAAAGGACAAGUAUUGCAAGACAUUAUGUACUGUCUUGUGAUUGCGGAGCCUGACAUUGACCAGAUGGCAUCGGAAGGGUCGACGAGCAAUCUCGCUUUGAUUUGGAACGAUUGUAAGAAUAAGUUGGCGUAG